AUGGGGGCCCCCCCGCAGCCGCCCCAGGAGGCCCCCGGCCCCGGGGGUCUUGAGGGGCCCCAGGGGCCCCCUAUACGGGGGGGCCCUCAGGGGGGGCCCCCAACCUCUGCUGCUGCUGGGAGAAGACCUGUGGGGCCCCACGGGGGGCCCCCUCAGGGGGCCCCUGAGGGGGUCCCCCUGCAGCCGCAAGGGAGUUCAGCUGAAGCGCCCAGGGGGCCCCCAGAUGGGACCCCUUCGGAGGUACAAGGGCUCUUAAAUGGGGCCCCUCAAGUGCCAGGCGGGGGCCCCAAAGAGACCCCACAAAAUGGGGGCCCCCAGGAAGCUCAGGGGGCCCCAGAGGAGCUCCAGGGGCCCGCUGCGCUGGUUUUGGGGGCCCCUAGGGGGCCCCCCAGUACCCCUUGUGAGGGGCCCCCUAAAAGACUCCGCAGAGAGCCUCUGGAGGGGCCCCUAAAUGAUCUAAAAGAGACAACGCCUGCUGUGCACCCUCAAGGGGGGCCCCUUGUCACUGAAGGGGGGCCCCCUGUGGCUGAAGGGAGGCCCCCCAGUGGCACACAGGGGCCCUUUGAGGGUACAGAGGGGGGCCCCGGGGGCGCGGCGGGGCCCCCUGAGGGCAGAGAGGGGCCCCCCGAGGGCGUGGAGGGGCCCCCUGAGGGUACAGAAAGGGCCGCUGAAGGUCAACGGGGCCCCCUUUCUUCAGGGUUUUGUUUGGCCCCAAGCCAGUUGGCAGGAGCCCUGGCGUUUUUAGAAAUGGGAGAUUAUCUCAGAUGCCUUCUUGUUUCCAACAAAAGCCUCAAGUCACUGGAGCUUGACGGAUUCCUCUUAACCCCCAGGGGCCUCCAAGCCCUCAAGGGGGCCCCCUUGGAGGCCCUUGCUUUGGCGGGAAUAGAAGCUAAGGAUGACACAUUUCUUGAAGCACUGCGAGACAGCUGUGAGGGUUUGAAGUCCUUUGGGUUCAUUUGCUACGGCGGAGAGAAGUUUACCGAGGGGGCCCUCAAGGGUUUGGGGCGGUCUUUAAAGAACUUGAAAAGUGUCCAAGUGGAGGCCCGGAGGCCCCAGGUGGCUGAUGUCCUUGCUGAAGCUGUUGCUGCUGCUGCGCCAACUACCCUCACCAGCUUGAGUGUGGGUGGCAUCACGGAGGGCUGUUUGCUCCGCCUUGCCCAGCAAGUGGGGUCGAAGCUUCACACUUUCUGCUACACGCGGCUGAACGUGGGGGGGGCCCCCGUAAACGACUCGCUGCUGUAUCUCUGUGCCAUGAGGAUGGGGGCCCUCACAACCCUCAGACUGGCAGAUGCUUUAACCCCAAAGGACCUUCAGGGGGCCCCCGGGGGCCCCCACUUGUACCUCGGUUUGUCAGGGCAGCUGGAGGCGCUAACCCUAAGCCGCAGCUGCGGCCUCCCCUUCGCCGUACUUUCCGACAUUGACUUUAUGGCCCUCGCGAGGUCCCUGUCUUCCAAGCUGCAGGAGCUGGAGCUCAACGGGCUCCACGGCAUCUCGGACGCGUUUCUCCACGAGGCCCUCGACGCCUGUGGUUCGGGGGGCCCCCCGGCGGCCCCCUGGGGGCCCCCAGAAAAAGAUCUUGGGGGGCCCCCCGCUCUUCUUUUGAGGAGUUUCACAAACUUGACGGGCCUCAACUUGGGAGCCUGCUGGGGCGUCAACGACAUGAGUGUUGGAGAAGUCCUCAAGGGCUGCACCAAACUCAAGACAGUAGUGCUCAAUGACGCAAAGUAA